ACAUCAAUAUGGCAUCGCCAGCAGCCGUGGCAAGUUGGCUGCUGAGACAAGGAUUCAUGCUUUCACCACUACCAUUGCAGCCUUCCAUUGUAUCCAACAAUUUCGUGUCCCGGCCUGUACAAAGCGAUGAAGAACAUUCUCGUCGUCGACGACCAUCUCGUAUUCGUGAACUGAGCCCAGUCUGGCUGCCACCUCAACGAGCUAAUCAAUCAUUUCUAUCCGUUAAUAAAAAUUCACAAUCUGCUGGAAAAAUUAUCAGUGUUGUGAAUACGGAUCCCACUGGUGGCAGCAAGAUUGUUACUCGACGUCGUCAGAAUGGCCGCCUGGACGUUUGCAUCAUAUAUUCCCGUGAAUUUAUUGUUGCAGCAUCGGCUAGUCCAUACGCAUUGUUGCCACCCGCCAAUUUUCGACAAAUGGUCUUGGAAAUGAUAGAUAUUAUUGCUACAUUUCCAAAAAGCUAUUAUAAUUCCAUUCGAUCAAUGGCAGAUAUAUGUAGUCCAGGGCAUGAGCCCUAUAGGAUACUCGAUCGACUGCAGUUACGGUGCUAUUUAUCACAUGAAAUCGAGCGGAUCAGCGUUCUCAGGAUUACCGAAACAAAAACAUUCGAUGAGAUUGGACAUCCAAUCAGUGGUGGUCUGUAUGAUUCGCGACUGGGACCGUCAGAGACAUAUGAUACCUGUGAGACAUGCCAUCAGCAAGGAAGUUAUUGUCCAGGACACAUGGGUCAUAUCAAACUCGAAGUCCCAGUAUUCAAUCCACUCUUAUUUGGUUUCACUUUUUCCUUAAUGAAUGGAACUUGUGUACAGUGCCACAAGUUAACGUGCAAUUCAUCCGGUUUGCCAGCGAAAUUGCUGGUGGCUCAGCUUCGAGCAUUGGAUCUUGGUCUUGUUUCAGUUGCGCAAGAACUUGGUGGUUUUAUCAAGGAUCAUUUUUCUGCUGAAAAUGGACUUGGAACUUUGCAUGGAAAUGCACCAGCUCUCUCAGAUGAAAUUAAUGCAUGCAAAGAACUGGACGAAUUUCUUGAUAAAUUCACUGAACAGACCGGCUCAGGCGUUGACAAGAAUCAAUCUUUCCCUGUCAAAAAUGCCCUGGAAUUGAAAAGAUCGCUGAUUCGAGAUUUUUGUAAAGAGCAACUUUUUAAACGCCGACGACGCUGUAGGCUAUGUAAUCGAAGUAAUGGAAUCAUCCGUAACGAUGCUGGUCGUUGCAUUCUGAUUGAUUUUAGUGGAACGAAUAGCAUGAAAAAGCUUAAGCAGAUGACGCGUUUUGCACCUCUUGAAAACAUUGGAAAUAUCGAAGAUCAGGAAAUUGAUGCCGAUGAGGAUAUGAAAACAGAGGAAAAUGAAAAAAAGUUCGAUGACAAAGAGAUUGCUUAUGGAUCAUUAGCGAAUUCAUCAGAACAAAUUUUGGGAGAACAAAUGCAAUGGGUGCUAAGUGGGAAAUGCGAUAAAUUAGCUUGGAGAGGUGCUGAAGUUCGCGAACAUUUUCGUAUGCUUUGGCAAAACGAUGGUCCUCUGCUGAGGAAAAUUUUCCCCCUGUUCGAUUCUGAAGAUGAUAGGUAUUGUCCCCUUGACGUUUUGUUUUGUGAAGUAGUACCAGUGCCACCUAUAAAGUAUCGGCCCGUUCGAAUUUUCAAAGGUGAUAAAUAUGAAAAUCCACAAACUAUUAAUCUUCGGAAAUUAUUGGAAGCUUCAGAAACAAUUCGAGCCAUUCGGUUAGCAUUAUCUGGAAACAAUGAAAAAGCUCUUUUGAAUUUGGUAUCAAAAAACGUCAUAGGAAAUACAAUGCAAGCCAAAAUGCAUAAUGCAUAUUUGACACUGCAGCAGCGUAUGGGAGCCAUUUUCGAUCAAGACCUAGACAAGUGGACAGAUGUAAGAAUUCAAGUCCCCGGUAUCAAGCAAAUUUUAGAGAAGAAACAGGGCUUAUUUCGUAUGAAUAUGAUGGGCAAACGUGUUAAUUUUGCUUGUCGUUCUGUAAUCACUCCAGAUCCCUACCUAGAUAUUGAUGAAAUUGGUAUACCUGAGCUUUUUGCGAAGAAACUUACUGUUACUGAAACUGCGAAUGCUAUGAAUUUAGCUAAAUUACGAAAAAUGAUAAAAAAUGGUCCAAGUUUCCAUCCUGGUGCAAAUUUUAUUCAAAAACCAGGACGAUAUACACAAGUUUUGUCAAUAAAUAAAGCAAAUGAACGUGAUGCUGCUGCAAAGCGUCUUCAGCCGGGUAGCAGUUCUCAACUUGGUUAUCCUCUUCAGGUUCUGCGACAUCUAGAUAAAGGUGAUUUAAUGCUAAUGAAUCGGCAACCAUCUCUGCACAAACCUUCUAUGAUGGGUCAUAGAGCUCGGGUGCUUAAAAAUCAGCGAGCGCUACGCAUGAAUUAUGCACCUUGUAAAGCCUACAAUGCUGACUUUGAUGGUGAUGAAAUGAAUGGACAUUUUGUGCAAAAUCGAAUUGCGCAGACCGAGCUUGCAGAAAUUGCUAAUGUGGGGUCAAAUUUUCUGGUACCAAAAGAUGGAACACCCUUAUUGGGUUUGAUCCAAGAUCACAUAGUAUCAGGAGUUUUGUUAACAAUACGUGGACGAUUUUUCAAUAAAGAAGAUUUUAUGCAUUUGGUGCUCUCGGCGUUUGCUGAAACUACGCAGCGGUUGGUCAUUCCACCUCCAACUAUGCUAAAACCUCAGAUAAUCAGUACCAUACUAAGAAAUUGCAUUCCUCUGCAUAAACCGCUUCUGAAUAUAAGGAGUAAGGCGAAGACGCCACUUUCAUGUUGGAAAGUUGAGGAGCAUCCUGCACCGAAGUUCGAUAUGAGUGAGUCAGAAGUUAUUUUCAGGCAAGCCGAAUUGUUAGUAGGAGUAUUAGAUAAACAACAUUAUGGAAGUACACAAUACGGAUUGAUACAUUGUUGUUGGGACCUUUAUGGUCAUCGAUAUGCGACAAAAAUAUUAAGCUGUUUCUCACGUCUUUUUACAACCUAUUUGCAGUAUCAUGGGUUUACUCUUGGCGUGGCAGAUAUUCUCAUCCGGAAGGAAGCUGAUAGGCAGAGAAAGAAAGAGAUCAAAGCGCUUCGGAAAUGUGGUGAUGCUGUGGUCAGGGAAUGCUUCAAUUUGGAUGAGAAUGCAGAUGAGUCGGAAAUAAAGCAUGUGAUGGCAAGUGCGUAUUGUAAUCCAAAAGGUGAGCAAAAUCAUAUACAGCAAUUGGAUUACAAGAUGAAAGAAACAUUGAACCGAUUCAAUGAAAAGAUAAAUAGGCAUGGUUUUGUGAUUUUUUUGUUUUCAGCUUCCUAA